ACAAGGGUUUUACUCACUCUCUUUCUGAACCUCAGCUGGUCUUCCACCAUGGCCGUCGGAAAGAAUAAGAGGAUUUCCAAGGGAAAGAAGGGAGGCAAAAAGAAGGCCGUCGAUCCGUUUGCAAAGAAGGAGUGGUAUGAUAUCAAAGCUCCUUCAGUUUUCAGCAACAAGAACGUUGGGAAAACCCUAAUCACCCGUACUCAGGGUACCAAAAUUGCCUCAGAAGGUCUCAAGCACCGCGUGGUGGAGGCAUCCUUGGCUGAUCUUCAAGGUGAUGAGGAUCAUGCCUACAGAAAGAUCCGUCUGAGAGUAGAAGAUGUUCAGGGAAAGAAUGUUCUCACUAACUUCUGGGGUAUGGACUUCACGACAGACAAGUUGAGAUCACUUGUGAGGAAAAGGAAAUCACUGAUUGAGGCUCAUAUUGAUGUGAAGACAACUGAUGCCUACACAUUAAGAAUGUUCUGCAUCGCCUUCACCAAAAAGCGCGUGAACCAGCAGAAGGUCACAUGUUAUGCAAAGGGCAGCCAAGUUCGCCAGAUUCGGCGGAAGAUGCGGGAGAUUAUGGUUAACCAAGCACAGUCCUGCAAUCUGAAGGAAUUGGUUCAGAAGUUCAUUCCUGAGUCCAUUGGGAAAGAAAUUGAGAAAGCUACUUCAAGCAUCUAUCCGUUGCAGGAUGUGUAUAUUAGAAAGGUUAAGAUCUUGAAAGCACCAAAGUUUGAUCUUGGCAAGUUGAUGGAGGUUCAUGGAGAUUACACUGAAGAUAUUGGUUCGAAAUUGGAUAGGCCAGCUGAGGAGCCAGUUGCUGAGCCAACUGAACUUGUUGGUGCCUAAAUGGCCUUGUUGUGUCUCUGUGAUGCAUCUUCUGUUACUCAUUUAGUUUUAUCUUAAAAUUGGUACAAUAUUGGUUUUGGAAGUUUUUGUAUGAGAUUUUGUUUUAACGAGUAGAGGAAGUUUUCAUUCAGAAUACUCGUAUUCGGCAAUUAAUUUUGAAUUUUCGUUUUAGAGAAACUUUCUUUUGAUA